GUCAUUAAUUAGCCCUAGGGGCUACGACAAGAGUGAAUAUAAAUCUAUUGAGCUCUUCAAAGUCGUGCCAUACAUGUGUAAUACGGGUUAUCCGGCAAUGGAUCGCAAAUACACUGCACUACUUCUUGUGUCGCAUUGUGUGUUAAUGAUGCUCACUUCUUGCCUGGCUCUGAAACAAACCAACAUUGAUACUGAUCGAUCAGCCAUUCUAACCUUGAAAGCCCACAUCACCUCAGACCCUAACCAGAUCUUGUCCAAAAACUGGUCUUCCACUGCGCCAUCUUCCUCUGUUUGUGGCUGGAUUGGAGUCCGGUGCGGCCACCGCCACCACAGAGUCACCGCUUUAGAUAUUUCAGGAAUGAAUCUUACGGGCACGAUUCCUCCGCAUUUGGGCAAUCUCUCCUUUCUAGUUUCUCUCAAUUUGACGAGUAACUAUUUCCAUGGAACAAUUCCUACUUGGUUUGGGCCUAAACUUCAUGUCUUGGAUUUAGGUUACAACGAUUUUGGUGGAAUUGUCCCUUCUUCCAUUUCUAAUCUGUCAAAUUUGAAAUUUUUGUCUCUUGAAUUCAAUUCUCUCACAGGAAUUAUCCCUGAAGUGAUUGGAUAUCUCACGAGGUUAACUGUUUUGGAUCUUCAAUCCAAUUUUCUUGUUGGUUCCAUUCCCUCCUCUAUAUUCAACAUUUCAACGUUGGAGAUUGUUCGUUUGAGAUAUAAUAACUUGACAGGAAGUAUUCCAAAUGAUUUUUGUCACCAUCUUCCAAAUCUCCAACAGAUUUGGUUGGGUGCCAACAAAUUAAGUGGCCAAAUCCCCCCAAGUAUAUCCCGUUGUUCGAAACUUCAGACACUAUCAUUAGCCCACAACAAUUUGAGCGGAUCCAUACCUAAAGAACUUGGCAACUUGGAGAUGCUGGAAAAGUUAUAUCUUAGUCAUAACAAUCUACAAGGUACAAUUCCACGAGAGAUCGGGAAUCUUUACAACCUCAGGGUGUUAAUUACAGGCAGCAACAACAUUUCAGGCUCCAUUCCAAAGGAAAUAGGAAACUUGACCAUACUUACCACACUUGACGUUAGCGAGCUUCUCUUGACAGGGGCAAUACCUGGAGAAAUAUGCCACCUUCAAAAGCUGGAGUACUUGUUUGCAGACUAUAAUGACUUGAAUGGCCCCAUACCAAUAGGGAUUUUCAAUCUCUCAACAUUGACUCAGGUUGCGCUUAAUGUUAAUCACCUCGCUGGAAAUCUUCCAUCGCAUAUUGGUGAUCAAUUGCCUAAUAUAAACAUAAUUGACCUUAGCGGCAAUAAUAUCGGUGGAGUUAUUCCAGUUUCAAUUGGAAAUUGCUCUAGCCUAACCUUUCUAAAUCUUCUUGACAACCAGUUCACUGCUACAAUUCCCAAAUCCAUUGGAAACCUUGAAUAUUUAGAAGUGCUACUUCUUAGUGGUAACAACUUGACCCGUGAUCCAUCAUCAUUGGAAAUAGAUUUUCUUACUUCUCUGGCAAAUUGUAAGUCUUUGAAGAACCUACAGUUGGCUAGCAAUCCACUGAAUGGGAUCCUUCCGAAUUCCAUUGGUAAUCUUUCUGCCUCCCUUCAAAUACUUAACUUGGGGGUAGCAAACAUCAUAGGCCCAAUACCUAGCGAAAUCGGCAAUCUAAGUGGUCUAACGACCAUUGGUCUAAACGGAAACCAGUUGAUUGGGGAUAGUCCAAGUUCAAUCCAGCAAUUAAGAAAUCUUCAAUAUUUGUCUCUUGAUCAAAACAAAAUAAGGGGAACUUUGGAUUCUUUGUGCAAAUUGCACAAAUAUUUUUCUAGCCUCUUUCUGGAGGAGAACCAAAUGUUUGGGCCAAUUCCAGAUUGUUUUGGCGAUAUCACCUCUCGGAGAAAUCUUUAUCUAUGA